UUCUCAGCUCACAGCCCAGACAAUUCAUUUCUUGGUUUUGUUGUCAGUGAUCCAAUUCCAGCAGAUGCGAAGCCGCUGAACAAGAAGGCGAUUGGUCUCGUUUAUGGAAAGGACGCUGAUUUUUGGGCGGUAAGAGCUGAACUGUGUUGAUAGGUCGCUGUUCGUUUUUCAGCUAUUCAAGUCGGUCAGACAGUGUUUGGUCGUUCCUUCCAUCUGUCUGUCUGUCUGUCUGUCUGUCUGUCUGUCUGUCUGUCUGUCUGUCUGUCUGUCUGUCUGUCUGUCAGUCUGUCUGUCAGUAAGUGAGCUAGUGGCCUGGUUUUGUCAGUCAAUUCAUUUGUCUUCAUUCUUGUCAGUAAAGUCAGCCACUGAGUCUUGUUAUUCACUCAAUCAAUGAAUCAGCCAUUCUUUUGGUCAGUUGACCUAUCAGCUGAUGAUUUGUUAGUCAGUUCUUUAGACUAUAUCGAAACGGGUCUUUUAAGGUUGUAAACGUGUUCAAACUUAGCGUUUACCACGUUCUUAACGAAAAUGAUCUCUCUCUGUUUACAAACCUUACCCUGAACACAUCACUUGUAAAUGUGUUCUUUCAUAACGCCAAACCGACUCGUGUUAACAUCGUGCUACUUAGUCUUAUCCGUUUCAUGUAUUUGUUUGUUUCAACUGUUCUUUAUUUCGUUCUGUUACAGGGCAAGAGAGAAUAUCUUGAUAUCUUACAUAAAUAUUUGGAGAUUCAUGGAACCUUUUUUGGAGUUUCGGUAUGUUUUGCUCGGUUUUAUCCUCACCAGCAAGUAUAACUAACAUUGAAUUAAUUUUAUCAAGACAUUUUGUGUUGAAGUUAUGAAUAUAUGAAAAUCAUAUAUGCGAACUGCGAGGUGAAGAAUUAUAUAAAGUAGAUCAUCGCAGUUAUGGACGCAACGUUUGCAUUUGCAAAAAGAAGGCCUGUUAUUACCAGCUGGCUCCUCCUUCAAACUCUAAUUGACAGAAUAUUUGUGUAAAUUUUCGUGAACAGGAGGAAGAAAUAAAAAAGAAUGUGCCGGACUACGUGAUCACCCAUGGUAUUCUCAGUAAACCUGAUCUAGAAAAACUGUUACAGGAUACCAAGGUUUGUUUCUCAUUGUUUUGCAUUUGGAGUUGUUAACCAUUUCACUCCCAAGAGUCGCUCAAGUCAAACUUAGAGGAAGAUUCCAAAGUUCAGUGCGAGCUUUCCAGUUUUCUCUCGGAACAACAGUGUUUGUGGCGUAUACAGUCCAGAAUUAGGGUAAACAGAAAAAUAGUGUUGCGGAAACUUUGUUUCUUCUAAUGUGAUGUAACCGCGAAACAUUGGUUGAUGAAUCUGAUCCAAUAUGGCGGAUUAUCCAAGAUGGCGGUCCUUUUCAAUCAUUACGUAAUUUUCACAUUUUGUGACGUCAUCUCAUAAACAAUUAAAUCAUUCAAUAUUUAGGCAGACUGUCUAGUGUGGCGCUUGUUCCAUGAUGUUGUAAAUUAAUUUUUGUAUUUUGUUUUUGAUUACAGGUAUUUAUAGGUCUUGGGUUCCCAUAUGAAGGUCCCGCACCUCUAGAGGCUAUUGCCCAGGGAUGUAUCUUUCUGAACGCUAAGGUAAUCCGAUAAAUCGCGCAGUUUUGUAGUAGAGUUAAUACAAGUGUGCUUGUUACUAAUUAUCAUUAAAUUUUCCUUGCUUUUCAGUUUGAUCCACCUCAUAACAGGAUUAAUACUGAGUUCUUUAAGCUUAAACCAACCCUAAGAGAGGUAAGU